AUGCUCUAUUUUCAAGAACCUACGACUACAUGUUUAAAAAGAUUUGGUCAAAUACUCUUUGGUGUAGAGGGGAGGACUUAUAUUUCAAGGGCUCUCAAAUCAGCAGGAGACCCUUCCCUUCAAGUACAUGGGGAUAACCUUAUUCUAAGCCAAAAAUUUUUGGGGCCAAGAAAAGAGGGAGAUCACGUAAAGGCAUGCCUUGUGAUAACUGCAAAAGAUAUCUUAGUAUUUGUUGAAGGAAAAUCUGACUUAAAAUUUGUUAUUGAGGACUCACUACAAAACAUGCAUGACGUUUUGAGCUUCAUAUACCUUUGGCAAACAACUAUGAAGUUAAAAAAAGGAUUGUUUAUUGAAAAUUUAGCAAAGCACAAAUGGUGCUUUUCAAAACACUAUGGAAAGGAGGACGUAACCCGUUUCUACCGCUCCCAUUCAAGAUUUUGCUCUAUUAAUGAUAUGCUAGAGGUCAAGGGCAUGCUGACAGAAACAGAAAGAUUUACUUUAAAUGUUGAUUCUUGUUCAAUAUUAGAGAUUGCAGACGUGACCGAAAACAGGUUUACCCGUAACAAUGGUUUUGUUGAAGUUGUUGAUGAUUUAUUGGCAAAGGGAGUGGGAUUGAUCCUAACUUUUCAUGAGCCAAUUCUCAAAAAGAUAUUUAAAUUAUUUUCAUCACAAGUGUCAGCAUCCCUUCUUUUUCGUAGAGUACUGUUUGUACUACUGCUCUUACAUGAGGCUCUGUUCUCAGAUGAAUGGUUCAGAACACUGAAAACACUGUCUGUAUCAGAAUCCUGUAAUUUGCUACAUACAUAUGCUUCUUCACGUCCAACAAAAUGGAACUGUUCUUGGGUCAUGUUGUACUUAAUGUCAUGCUCGGUACUAAAUAUCUCACCACAGGGAAUAAGCUCGAACGCUAUGUUCACAGAAAUACUUUCAAAUGUAUCCCGUAGGUUUAUACAGGUUAAAGUAGUCAGUCCUUGCUGGUAUGUGCAUUUUGAGACUACCUGA